AUGGUUAAACCUCUGUAUGAGAAUGAAAAGUUACAUGUACGAACACCUUCAGAAAUAUCUAAUUACUCAGAACCUCAUCUGCCGUGGCCUAAAGGUGAGGAAAAGGGUAAGGAGUAUAAAGAUAGUAAAUCUACUCAGACAGAGGAAAAUAAUUCUUUGGUCUCUACAACCCUAAAUACAGCAGAGGUGGAGGUUACCAAGUCCAUUACUUUGGAUUUUUUGGAUGAAGCAAUUCAAAAAAACGGAAAUACAUUAUUACGAUUACAAAUUAUGAAAAAGCAGGAUUUUUUACCAUUGAUGUCACCAUCGCACGAUGAAUGUAUUAAUAAAGAACCAAAAAUCUCUUCCUGUGCAUUACGACUAGCAGAAACUGAACUCUGUACUGCUUAUCUCAAUACAAACAAGGGAGAGCGACUACCUUUAUGCUUUCUUGGUAAAUAUUAA